GUUCACAAAGAGACUGGAAGAGAGUCAGAGUCAAGGGAUCAAGUGAAAAAGCCCCAAAUCAAGGGAGUCUCCCAAACUACAAACCACAGAAGACACAGAGAUUGUGAAGGAAAGAAGUGCCUUUGCAUUUGCAGGUAACAUUCCUCCUCCAACAUGGCCAGUGGUCUUUCCAUGCGAGCCCCAGUCUGCUUAAUUGAGAACAGUAAUGGGCAAUUCAUGGUGAAGCAGAAAGCACUUCAGGUCCUUACUACAGUUACCCAGCCUGUGGUGGUGGUGGCAAUUGUGGGACUCUAUCGCACUGGAAAAUCCUACCUGAUGAACAAGCUGGCAGGGCAGAAAACUGGUUUCUCCCUUGGCUCCACAGUGCAGUCUCACACCAAGGGCAUCUGGAUGUGGUGUGUUCCUCAUCCCAAGAAGCCAAAUCACACCCUCGUUCUUCUGGACACUGAAGGCCUGGGCGAUGUCGAGAAGGGUGACAACAAGAAUGACACCUGGAUCUUUGCCCUGGCCGUGCUACUGAGCAGCACCUUUGUCUACAAUAGCAUGGGCACCAUCAACCAGCAGGCCAUGGACCAGCUGCAUUAUGUGACAGAGUUGACAGAUAAAAUCAAGGCAAAAUCUUCCCCCAAAACUAAGCAGAUGAAUGACUCCACGGAAUUUGCGAGCCUCUUUCCAGACUUUGUGUGGACCGUGCGUGAUUUCAUCUUGGACUUGGAAAUCAAUGGGCAGCCCAUCACCUCUGAUCAGUACCUGGAGAUUGCUCUGAAGCUGAACAAAGGUACCAGUGACGAAGCCAGAUUGUGUAUCCAGAAGUUCUUUCUAAACAGGAAAUGCUUCGUCUUUGCCCCACCUGCUCCUAGAAAGAAGCUCAAAUAUCUUGAGAAACUUCAUGAUGAUGAACUUGAUGAAGAUUUUGUGGAAAGUACUAAAAACUUCUGUGAUUACAUCUUCAGUAAUGCUAAGGCCAAGACUCUCUCAGGAGGUGGUGUGGUCACUGGGCCCCGUCUAGGACACCUGGUCCUGACCUAUGUCAAGGCCAUCACCAAUGGAGAUAUUCCCUGUAUAGAGAAUGCAGUCCUGGCACUGGCUGAGCUAGAGAACUCAGCUGCAGUUCAAAGGGCCAUUACAUUGUAUGAAGAAAUGAUGAGAAAGGAGGUCCACUUCCCCACAGAAACCAUUCAAGAACUGUUGGACAUAAAUGUCAUCUGUAAGAAGGAAGCCAUUCAAGUCUUCAUCAAGGACUCUUUCAAGGAUGUGAACCAGAAAUUCCAAAAAUCACUGGAGACUGAGCUAGAAGCCAAGCUAGAAGACUUCUGUAAACAAAAUGAAAGAAAGUCCCUAGAGCGGUGCAGAGCUUUGCUUCAGGAUAUAUUCAGUCCUCUGGAGAAAUCAGUGAAGCAAAACACCUUCUAUAAACCAGGGGGCUAUGGCAUCUUCCUUCAGAAGAAGCAAGAGCUCAUAGAGAAGUACAACCAGCAGCCCAAGAAGGGGAUCCAGGCAGGCAAAGCACUGGAAGAAUACCUGAAGUCAAAGGAAGCUGUAGCUGCUGCAAUUAAGCAGGCAGACCAAACCCUUACUGCAAAAGAAAGAGAGAUCAAAGAGCAACAGAAGAAAGCACAAGCUGCAGCAGCUGCUGCAAAAGAGUUGGAAAUACUGAUAUGGAAGCAGGAGCAGAUGAACCUGGAAAAUGAAAUGAGACAAGAAGACGAACUAAGGCAAAUGUUUGCAAACAUGGAAGUGGAGAGGAGGAGGAUAUUGGCUGAGCAAGAGAGGGAGCAGGCUAGGAGACUACAGGAACAAGCACAAUCACUCCAGGAACUGCAAAUGAGUACAGCAAUGCCACUGAACAGCAACGUCAGAUCCAGAAUUUUUAGGUCAAAUUUCCUAACUGUGACUCAGGAAGUGACUGUAAUAUAUUGUGAAGAGAAGAGCUUCACCUUCUCAUUUACUUAGAGCUACCGUGUUGUUUAAAUGAGAAAUGUUUAACCUUGGGACAGAGAAGAUGAGACUCAGCUUUCUGAAAUAAUAAUAGAAUUGUACAACUAUAUGACUAAAGGAAUCUCAGAAAGCAUUUGUCAAACCCUGGCACAAAGGAUGUGUCUUUCUUACAAUAUUCCUGACCAGUAAAUGGUCAUUCAGCCCCAGCUCAAACUGCCCCCCGCCCCGAUGGAGAAUUCACUCCCUUUAUAGGUGAGGUAUCCUGUUCCACUUUUAGUCAGUUCUCUCUGUUCAGAGGUCUUUCCUUAGCAGGAGCCAGGAACCUUCUUUACAAAUGCCAUCUAGCUGUGCUUCCUGUGAAUGAGCUCCCUUUGUCUAAUCUUUCACAUGACAACCUUUCAACUAUUUGAAGACAACAAUCAUGAAAUAGAAACCAGAAAAGAAAACAAGAAAAAAGAAAAGAAAAAGGACAUUUGGUGGGUUGAAGCAGAGUCAACAAGAUAUUUGCUCUUUCCCUGCUUUCCCAUGUGGAGAAGAUUAGUUCUCCUUAGUUCUAGAGCCUCUUUUCAUUAUGUAUAUAAGGAUAUGGGUUUACUUCUCAGAACUGUUCAAGCACUCUCCUUUGACACUUUUGGGAACGUCAAGAAAUCAGUGCUGUUUGUUAUAGAUUGUUGUACCUGCAUUUGAAGUUGGGCUGUCACCCCAGGACUUGAGCUUAAAUGACUCUGAGCAGUGGAGACAGAGGCUGAGCAGCUGACUAGGUGGGGAGGGGAAAGAAGUGUGUCCAGUCAAUAGAUAAACCUGGAGAGUUAGAGAGCUGUAACCCCAGGGGUACCAGGAUGGGCAAGGGUGAGAGUUUUGAAAUAGUUGUCUCCUUGCUGGGGCCUCUGAAAGCAGAGGAGCUUGGGACUUAAAGGUAGAGCUGAAGGGGAAAGUUGACUUGGGCUUCAUUGACAGGGAACAGCAACUGAACUUCCUAUUCCACCCACCCCUAGGAAAGCUGCCCUUAUGGGUGCUAGCAGUUGGCAUUGGGGCCACACCUACAGUUCUUGGAGAUUUGGGGAUGUGAAGGGGAGGGUUAUUGUAGGAGGGUGUCUCCUAAGCCCUUGUCCUCUCUUCCUCCCCCCUCCCCCCAUUCUCCUCAUUGUCCCCUUCCUCCUCCCCUUCUUCCCUCCUCUUUUUGCCCCUUCUCCUCACUUUCUCUCUCCUCCUCUUAAAAUCAAUCCUUGAGGAUAGGGCAAAAGCUACUCCAGAUUUCUCCAGGUCUCUGUCAGUAGAAGUUUUAUGUUGAGAUCUCAACACUGUAUUCAUGACUAGGUAGACAGUUAAGACAGUUAAAUAUUACAUUGAGCUCCUGGGUAAAUGAAACAAUUUAAUGAGUCCUUUAGACCCAGGAUUGUGAAAGGUGGUUGGAAAGUGGAAAAGCUAGUCCAGACACUAUCCCAACUUUGUAUCCUUCUUUGAUGCCAAAGGAUUAGGAUGUAAAUUCUGAGGGCAAAGAUCGACAUUUCCCCCCACCUUUUUAUUCCCAGCAUCUAAGAAAGCCUUGUACAUAUCAAAUGUUCAUGAAAUGUUUCUUUAAUUGAAUGAAAAUACAAAUAUUCAAUGCUACAGCUUUCUCUUCUAGUGAGAUGUCCUCCCCUGGACCACUAUAUUCUUUCAACAGAUUGUUGUAGUUUUCCCCUCCCUCACUUUUAUAUUAAAACUGAUGUCUGAAUAAACUUUGGAAUUUCCUCUAGGUUCCAAUAUACAAAGUAAAACAGUGGAGUUUACUGAAUGGGGGAGGAGGAAAGUUGUGUGAUACAGUCACACCUGAGCUUAAGGAAGAUAAAAAUAAGGGGCAGCUAGGUGGCACAGUGAAUAAAGCACCGGCCCUGGAUUCAGGAGGACCUGUGUGCAAAUCUGGCCUCAGACACUUGACACUUACUAGCUGUGUGACUCUGGGAAAGUCACUUAACCCUCAUUGCCCUGCCAAAAAAAAGAUAAACAUAAAUCUGAUAGAUAACUCUUGUUUUCAAAAGAUUUACAACCAGAAAUAUGUUGUUUUUCCUGUAGAUGUGAACUAAAGGAAAUUAGAGUUGAUGCACAGAAAGUACUAGAAUUAAAGGGAUAAAGGAAGGCUUACUAUAGAAGGCAAGAUUUAGCUGUGAGUUAGAAAAUAACAAGGAAGCAUCUUAUAUGUCACAUGACCAACAGGAUAGAGGACUAGAUAUUUUCUCCAGUGUGCAUGACUUUUAAAAUUUCUCCAAAGUAGGAGUAAUUCACUGGAGAUAGAAUAAUUUCAGCUCUUUCCAUGAACUAGAACACUAGGAAUUCAAACAAAGUUAAAACUCAGUGAACUAAUAGCAAUGAAUACUCUUUUUUUUGUAAUUCAAUGAGGGUUAGGUGACUUGACC